CAUUCACAGGCUGGAUUAAUUUUAUACUCCGUUUAUCAUAUCACGUCCACCCCUGAAUAUUGGGCUUUACCUGCUUGGAACUUGGCCAAUAUCUUGACCGUGUGCCGUCUAAGUUGUGUCUAGCGAUCGCCGGUGAGAGAGCAAGUAGUGAGGUUUUUUGUGUGAAAGCCAGAAUUUCAGUUUCGUGCUUGAAAAGCAAAGGAAAGUGAAGAUCAUGUUUAGUUUCCAUAAACCAAAAAUCUAUCGGUCAGUGAAUGGAUGCUGUAUAUGUAAAGCUAAGUCCUCUAGUUCAAGGUUUACAGAUAGCAAGAAGUACGAACCUGAAUUUGAAAAAUGUUUCCGAAUGAGUGAAAAGCGUUCUGGAGAGAUAUGUAAUGCUUGUGUUCUUUUGGUAAAAAGAUGGAAAAAGUUGCCUCUUGGUACUAAUAGAGACUGGCACCAUGUUGUAGAUGCACGAGCUGGACCUGGAACAAAAAGUGUGAAUAAAAACAAAACUAAGCCUGAAAAGAAACCAGUGAAGAAACUCCGGCUAAGGUUGUGCAGAAAUAAACAAAAUACAACUGAAGUUUUAUCUGAUGAUAUAGUUGGAAAUGAAGACAGCCUCAGUGAAUCAUCAAGUUUCUCAGUGCCACAUAGUCGAGUGCCAAGUCCCUCUCCUAGUAACUCCUCAGAUGAUUCAACAAUACUUGAAGAACCUGAUGAAGACAUGGAGCAUGAUAUUAUUCAAAACAAAAGAAGGAAAGAUAUCUUAAAUAAAAUCAACAAACGCAACAAAACACCAUAUAAUAUUCAUAAGAUAUCUUCAUUCUUAGAUAUGACAUUUUGGAGAGAGGAGAGAAUUUGUUGUGGAGUAAUAUUCCGAGGCCCUCAUGGAGAGGCACUUAUAUAUCCUAAGCUCCUCCGUCCAUGUCACUGUAGAAGAAGUGGAAGUUCUGGAAAUCAAUUUUUGUCACAGGGAGCAGCUGUGCCAUUUCUACCUAAUGCAACCAACACUGCCACACAUGUUGCCUGCUCACCAGGGCGAAACCUUUUUCCUAAUGGAAUAAGUGCUUAAUUACUAUUUAUUUUAGUGUGUAAUUUUUUGUCCUUGACUUCUUUCUUUGUUAUAUAUAUUUAAAUAGGUUUAUUAUUUAUUUAAUCUUGAGCAACUUUUGUAGCUCUUGUAAAUCUCGUCAUUCUAUUUUUCAAAUGCAACAUCUUGUGCUUCCAUUUUUUAAAUGAGAAGUUAUAUUGUCAUUUUAAACUGUGUUGAUUUGUUUCAGUAUUUUACACUUGCUCACAUAUUUUAAAUUGUUUUUAUUGUUUUGAAUUUGUUAUUUUGUUUUGUUUUUUAAAUCAGCAGCAAUUCUGCAAAUAGUUGUUUGUAAAUGUCUGUCUGAAGUAAAAAAAAAUUACUAGUCAGUUCCAGUUUCAGAUGCAUUUAUAUCAAGUUAAUUAAAGAUGAAGUAUUCAGAAGUUCUGUGUUUGUUGCUAAAACUUCUAGAGAUAUAUGACUGUCUAUUUAAUACUAUGCAAAAUUUUACAAAAUAUGUUUGUUACAUGGAAGUGAUCUUGUCAGAGUUUGAAACUGAAAUUUUUAAAAAUAAUGCAAGUUUUAUUGUUGAUAUGCAUUUUAUUUAUUGUCAUAUGUUGAGUCUAUAAAUAUUUAUUUAAUUGUUAUGUGUUUUUAAUUUAUUGAAUGUAAAUUGAAUGUGUGUGUUGACCCUUUUUAAAUGCAGCUAGUGAUAAAGUAUCUGUUUAAUGACAUGUUAAAUAGACAAAAAUUGCAAGAAAUUAUUUUUUCUUAAUUGUAUCAUGCCCCAAACUCUUAAAAAAUGUUAUACAUUACAUCUAUGUAUUUAACAAUGUUUCUUGCAUUAUGAUAUUAUUGAAUUAACAGUUUUGUCAUUUCAUUUAUGUAUU